UGAAAAAGUGGCUGUUGAAAAAUCAUGACAAAGCAGCUGGAGAUCAUCAAUUUGUCAUUUUUGUUGGAACAUGAACGGGAAACAAUAUUGGGAGUUUUGAAGAGAGAUGAGUAUCUGAAAAAGGUUGAAGAUAAAAGGAUAAGGAAAUUAAAAAAUGAGCUUCUGGAAGUGAGAAGGAAAGGUGGAAACCGUCACUGUCAACAGGACAACAGCAGGGUCUGUGUUCGCUGUCAGAAAAGCUUGGGCUUAAUCUUCAACAGAGGAGACCUGUGCCAAACCUGCAAACUCCGAGUUUGCAAUAAGUGUCGUGUUGUGGGAACUGAUGGGCAGUGGAAGUGUUCGGUGUGUGCCAAGAUUGCACAACUACGGAUAGUGACAGGAGAAUGGUUUUUUGAAGAAAGAGCGAAGCGCUUCAAGCAAUCAAAUCUUGGGACCGACAUUGUCAGACAGUCUAUCUUACGCAAGUUCCCAGAUACAGUUUCCAGUAAGGAUGAGGGAAGAAUAUUUAAAGAUCAACCCCAAGAGAAUGAAGAAAAGAGGCCAGAUGUAUCAGUAUCCUCCACAAAUGGGCAUAAAUCAGUCUUCAGUGGACCUAGAAAGAUAGGGAAGCUAAUUAGAGCAGUUACCAAAGGAGAAAUUACAAAUGCCAAAGAUGAAGGUGAAAGGAGCACAGGCUCAGAAGCUGAAACCCACAGUCUGCCCAGUGGCAAGUCAACGCCUUGCUCUGAGAGAGGGAGUACUCUUUCACUAAACAGCAGUGAUGCGGAGGCCACUGCAGGCCAUAUGAAAGGGGCUGUGGGUCCCAUGAACAGAGGCAAUGUUUCCAUACCUUCCCUUCCGAGAUCUCCGGCACUCAGCAUGCGCAGCAUGACUGCAGAUUAUAGCAGGGACAUUGUCUUAGACAAUGGUGUGAUUAUUCCAGCAAGUGAAAGCGUACCUGAAGAUUUAGUAAAGAAGCAUGGUAGGAAAGCGUCUGGAGCACCUUCCAUUGCCGUUUCUAGGGUGUCUUUGUCAUCAGAUCGUAGCCGAUCUGAGAUAGAUUUGAGUGAGUCUUUCUCUGAAGGAAAUGAGGAUACUCUGAGCAUAAGAAGCAGAUCUGUACCUAGUGCCUUAGAUCAGGAACUGGAUUAUCUGGAUGAAACACAAGAAGAUAUUGAUGACAUAGUGACUUCUAGUAAUUCAAGGAAACAUGGACAUUUGACAAAUGGAUUAUCAACAACUAGUAUUAACAGCAUGUUGAGUGUAUAUAGUGAAACUGGUGACUAUGGCAACGUGAAGGUCAGUGGUGAAAUCCUUCUCAGCAUCAAUUACAGCUACAAAACAGGUGCCCUCAACAUCCUGGUGAGAAGUUGCAGAAACCUGGCCAUUGCAGAUGAGAAGAAGCAAAGGACUGAUCCAUACGUCAAAGCAUACCUUUUGCCUGAUAAGUCCCGCCAAAGUAAGCGCAAGACCAAAAUUAAAAGUAACAGCACCAAUCCAGAAUUUAAUGAAACACUAAAGUAUGUCAUCAGUCACACACAGCUAGAAACCAGGACCCUGCAGCUUUCUGUCUGGCACUAUGACAGAUUUGGACGCAACAGCUUCCUUGGGGAGGUGGAAAUUCCAUUUGAUUCCUGGAACUUUGAAAAUCAGGGUGAUGAGUGGUUUGUGCUCCAGCCCAAGAUGGAGGUUGUGACAGAUGUUGGGCUCCAAUAUAAAGGAGAACUGACAGUUGUUCUACGUUACAUUCCCCCAGACAGAAAUCUAAUGCUUCCUCUAGGGCAGUUUCAAGGAAAGAAGAGCUUUAAAAAAGGAAAAAAGGGAGACUCUCACAUGCCAUCUGGAGGUAUAUUAGAAGUCCUCAUCAAAGAAGCAAAGAAUUUAACUGCAGUGAAAUCAGGAGGCACAUCUGACACUUUUGUGAAAGGAUACCUGCUCCCAGAUGACAGCAAAGCUACAAAACACAAAACUCCCAUAAUAAAAAAAAGUGUGAACCCCCAGUGGAAUCAUACCUUUGCUUUCAGUGGCUUGAAUUCAAGGGAUAUACGUAAUGUCUGCUUAGAAUUGACUGUGUGGGACAAGGAGUCACUGUCCAGCAAUAUUUUUCUGGGAGGUGUCCGUUUAAACACUGGAAGUGGUGUUAGUAAUGGCAAGGAGGUUGACUGGAUGGACUCUCAAGGGGAAGAGCAGCGCCUCUGGCAGAAGAUGAUUGACAGUCCAGGAGCUGCUGUGGAGGGAAUAUUAAUGCUAAGAUCCAGCAUGGGAAAACGCAGACUCAAAGACUUGAACUACUGAGGGGUACCACAGCUUCAGUGGUGUUCAGGCUCUUGUCACUUUGCCCAUUUGAAAGUGGAGAAGGGUUGUACUCUUUGCCUUGGAUGUUAAGACUCCAAGAUUUUAAUGCAUUCUGCACUUUCAUGUGCAUGUUUUUAACCCAGGCUUCUUGUAUGGAUUAUGUUUCUCAUUAAGCCAGUGAGAAUUUGACUUUGUACAGAGAUCAGACUGGCUUUCUCUAUCCCUUCUGAUGACUGGUGUGCAGUGGAUGAAUACCUCUGCCUGUGAGGGGCAUAGAGUAAGCAAAUUCUCUUAUGUGCCAUUUAGCAAGUAAUGCCUGGUUUACCAAACUCUUUCUAGGUCAAAGAUGGCCAAGAACAUAGCAGUGAUACAGUACAAGCAGAUUCAAAGUGAGUCUAUGUUUUGGUAUUUGAAAGAUAAGAAGCCAUAAUGUUAUGAAGCAUAACAACUUUUCUUUACGUUUGCUUGCUGGGCUGUGCGGUGCUCAGGAUGGCAGGCUUGGAACCAAGCAGCCUACCAAGGCAGGCCAAUGCACUGUGUUGCACACUAGAAACAGGAGGUAGGUGAGCUGGUGUACAGUGCUGGUGUUUAGUUAUUGUCUGGGUUAUUUUAAUGAACUGUAUAAAAGGCAGACUUGGCUCAACAUAACGAAAGAAUCUCUAAAGCAAAUAAAUCAUAUAAAACCCCUA